AGCCAAGAAGAGAAUGGAUGGUGCAGAUGUCUAUGGGAGAAAGAUCACUGUCUGCUUGCCAGAGGAGACACCUUUCUACAACACGAUCAAAAAGCUGACUGCUGCACAUUUGUCGAAACGUCAAGAGAGCCCUUCGCCACAAAGGAAACCUGGCAGAGAACGAAACAGUUCCCGAGGGUUUACUCCGGACCCUCAUGAGCGUGUCAGCGGUGGUUACAUGAUGAACUAUGGCUUAUACGAUGGUGUUUUUGGGAAUUAUGAUUUG